GGCCAGACGGCCAGCAGCCUGCGCCCCGCGCCCCGGGCCCCGCCGCCUCCCGUCCUGCUGCUCCACCGGCCGCCACCGCCACCGCCACCGCCACCGGGGCCGGCCACCGCCGCCCUCCUCCGCCCACCCUCCAUGGCUGACCAGCUGAGCGAGGAACAGGUGGCCGAGUUCAAGGAGGCCUUCUGCCUGUUUGACAAGGACGGGGACGGGGCCAUCACCACCCAGGAGCUGGGCACCGUCAUGCGCUCCCUGGGCCAGAACCCCACGGAGGCCGAGCUGCGGGACAUGGUGGGCGAGAUCGACCGGGACGGCAACGGCUCCGUGGACUUCCCCGAGUUCCUGGGCAUGAUGGCCAGGCAGCUGAAGGGCAGGGACAGCGAGGAGCAGAUCCGCGAGGCCUUCCGCGUCUUCGACAAGGACGGCAACGGCCUGGUGAGCGCAGCCGAGCUGCGGCACGUGAUGACCAGGCUGGGGGAGAAGCUGAGUGACGAGGAGGUGGACGAGAUGAUCCGGGCCGCCGACGUGGACGGGGACGGGCAGGUGAACUACGAAGAGUUCGUCCACAUGCUGGUGUCCAAGUGAGGGGCCGGGCCUGGCGCCGCGGCCUCCGUAGCCGGCCACCCGGCUCUGCCGUGGGCACCUGGGCCCUGCGGUGCUCCCUGCGUCCCUCCGGCCCCUCUGGGCCCUGCUGCUUCUCCGACCAGGUGAUUCCGCCCACUUGCCAGCACUUCCUUGGCCCCCUUUUUCCUGCCAACCCUCCCUGAGCCUCUUCUCAGCCGGAAUGACAAAGGCCACCCACAAGCCCAGCAAACACGAGGUGCUUCUGGUGCUCAGAAGCCACAGCAGCAUCACUCUGCACCGUCGCCGAGCAGAGGACAGAUCAAGCCGUGCUGGCUGGCUCCUGGGGGAGGCGCAGUGAGACAUCACAGAGCCCUUGGCUGGACCCCUGACAGACCCUCAACACUCGCCCGGGGGGGCGGUAGCCCCCAGUGCAGGGGGGCGGGCUCCAUCUGCUGCUGGACUGGGGGUGAUGAGGGCCCCGGGGUGAGGGGGCCGCUGAAGGUGACGAUGCUGCAGAUCCAGCUUCCAGAGAGACCUCGCCUCCUUCCACUGCGUGCUGUCUUGUCUGUGAUUCAUCCUUUGAUGCUGAGAGUAAAGCCGGGGUCUGUUGUAACAUGCUCGUGUUCAGCUCCACGGAGGGGAAUUUGAGCAGAAGGGGAGGGAAUAAUAAAACGCUUGCUUUUUUGUUCUGGA